AGGGGCGGCGGCCCGGCGCGGCCCAGCAGGCCCAGCAGCCCCGGGGCGGAUGGCACUGGCUGCCUGUCUCCUCCGCGCGAUCUCGCGCGCCCUCCUGCUCCAGCUGCCUCUGCUGCUGCUGUUGCUGCUGCUGCUCCUGCCGCCGCCGCUGAUGGCCCGACCCAGGCCACCGGAUAGCCACCGUCACCGCCCCGGGAAGAGAGGGCCGCAGCUCCCACAGGCAGCUCUGCCUAAUAGCUUGACAUCUGCCCCUGCCUCCCAUUGGGCCCCUAGUCCUGCUGGUGGCUCCAGACCUCCACGAUGUGGUGUGCCUGACCCACCUGAUGUGCUGAAUGCCCGAAACCGACAGAAGCGCUUCGUGCUGUCAGGAGGGCGCUGGGAGAAGACAGACCUCACCUAUAGGAUCCUCCGGUUCCCAUGGCAGCUUGUAAGGGAGCAGGUACGGCAGACGGUGGCAGAGGCCCUCCAGGUAUGGAGUGAGGUGACACCGCUCACUUUCACCGAGGUGCAUGAGGGACGCGCUGACAUCAUGAUUGACUUCACCAGGUACUGGCAUGGUGACAACUUGCCAUUUGAUGGGCCUGGGGGCAUCCUGGCCCAUGCUUUCUUCCCCAAGACCCACCGAGAAGGAGAUGUUCACUUUGACUAUGAUGAAACUUGGACUAUUGGGGACAACCAGGGCACAGACCUACUACAAGUGGCAGCUCAUGAAUUUGGCCAUGUUCUAGGGCUGCAACACACCACAGCAGCUAAGGCCCUCAUGUCCCCUUUCUACACCUUCCGAUACCCACUGAGCCUCAGCCCAGAUGAUCGAAGGGGCAUCCAGCACCUCUAUGGCCGGCGCCAGCCGGCCCCCACCUCCCACGCCCCAACCAUGGGCUCCCAGGCUGGGAUAGAUACCAAUGAAAUCGCACUGCUGGAGCCGGAAACCCCACCGGAUGUCUGUGAGGCUUCCUUUGAUGCAGUUUCCACCAUCCGAGGCGAGCUCUUCUUCUUCAAAGCAGGCUUUGUGUGGAGGCUGCGCAGUGGGCAGCUGCAGCCUGGGUAUCCUGCUCUGGCCUCUCGGCACUGGCAAGGAUUGCCCAACCCUGUGGAUGCAGCUUUUGAGGAUGCCCAGGGUCAUAUUUGGUUCUUCCAAGGUGCUCAGUACUGGGUAUACGAUGGUGAGAAGCCAUUCCUAGGCCCUGCACCACUCUCCGAGCUGGGCCUGCAGGGGUCCCUGGUCCAUGCUGCCCUGGUCUGGGGACCCGAGAAGAACAAGAUCUACUUCUUCCGAGGUGGAGACUAUUGGCGUUUCCACCCCAGAACCCAACGUGUAGACAAUCCCGUGCCCCGACGUGCCACUGACUGGCGAGGGGUACCUUCUGAGAUCGACGCUGCCUUCCAGGAUGCUGAGGGGUAUGCCUACUUCCUGCGUGGCCAUCUCUACUGGAAGUUUGACCCUGUGAAGGUGAAGGUUCUGGAGGGCUUUCCUCGCCUUAUAGGUCCUGACUUCUUUGACUGUGCAGAGCCUGCCAAUACUUUCCGUUGACAACACCUUGGAUGCACUCAGGGAUAGUGACCCCUGCCAGGCCACCUAUGUCGUUAAAGAGACCCACAGCUUCCAUCUUUGUGGCGCUGGGCUUCAGGCUUGGGACAGACAGAGCCUAUGUCUCCUCAGGGGAGUGGGUUGGGGUAUGGGACCAUUUGCAGGGAUGGCCAUGCUGGUCAUGGUCACCUGUUAGCAAUGAUCUCAGACUGGGCAAAGGCUUUGGCAUGACUUAAAAAUAAGAAAGGUCUUGGGCCAACAAUAUCCCACUUAGGUAGAUUAUGGUCAACUGGGCCACCCAAGGCCUCCGUCUCUGCCCCUCGAAGCAGAACUUCCACAUGAAUGCGGGGACCACAGAAUCAUUCUAUUUUUGUAAUGAGGUUCCUGUGGGUAGUGGUGGUAGUGAUGAGAUGCCCAGGGUACCACUCUUCCCCAGCCAAGCAGCUGGGCCUCAGGGCAGUAUCUUUUCUGAUAAGUCAGCUCUGGGGAGAUGCUGGACUGAUUAUCUUCUGGUAGGUGAGUCAGAGAUGUGUUUCCUGGCCAAAAGGUACACAGCCAGCCAGCCAGUCAGCCAGCCAGGGAGGCAGCUGCUUCCUCCCAGAGACAAUGAACCUCAGAGGCCCACAUACCUCACAGUCUUCCCUGGGGCCAUUUCUUCCUGGGAGGGGGCUCUUCCAAGCACAGGUACCUUCCAAAGCCAUGUAAAUGUGUAUACAGUGUAUAAAGCCUUUUUUAAAAAGCUGAGACUGCCAUUAAACGUGAGUGUUUUCUAAGCA